ACAUACUCUUUGACAUACUCUUUGGUUGGCAGUUGUUGGUGUGAAUUUAACAAUUUGAUUUUUAAAAUAUUGUGCCCGAACUUAAAAUGAAUAACACAAAUUUUCUAUCAGUUAAUGACUUAUUCAAAGAAGAUAUUUCCAAAAUUACAGCGGCGGAUAUUCCGCUCUGUGUGCAAUACUUAGACAAAGAAACAAGGAUUAAGUUAUGCAGGUUGGAAGAAAUUAUUAAUUCUAUAGGGCUAAUGUCUACUAAAGCUCAAGGUUUAAAAAGAACUUUAACUACGUUUGAAAAACUUCGCUUAUCACCAGACCACAAACUUUACAUUCUCAAAGAUGGCAAGAGUAAUGAGGGAGCUGGUGAAGUUAUUGGAAUUCUUAAAACAGGUGUAAAACAAUUAUAUUUGUAUGACUUACAAAGCAAAUUAGUAAUAGCUUCGCCUGUGUGUAUAUUAGACUUCUUCGUAGUAGACUGCAAACAACGAAGAGGUUUUGGAAAAAAGCUGUAUGACUAUAUGCUGGAGGAUCAGAAAUUGAAGCCCCAUGAACUAGCAAUAGAUGGGCCGUCUCCGAAAAUGUUGGAGUUCCUUAAGAAGCAUUACAACUUUACCAAAGUUUUAAAAUAUUCCAACAACUUUGCAGUAUGCGAUAAAUUUUUUGAGUCUACGAAUAUAGGCAAAACACAAGAUGGAACUAUGCCAACUCACAGUGCAACUCGGCGAAUCUCGGAAUAUGGAGCCAGUGGAGAGGUACACAGGAACAAUGUGUACAGAAUUCCUUCUCACAAAGGCCAAACAAUGGCACCAAAAGUAAAGCCAAUUUCCGGUCUCAGUCUGAAAAAAUGGAGUAGCGAAGCCGGCGCGUUGAUACACGGGGGCCGCACCUCACCAAGCUAUUUGUCAUAGAGAAGAUUUUUUAAAUGAAAGGCAAAUGCAAAAGAGAAAUACUGGAUGUUUGCUAUUGGAGGAGAUCGGCCUACCAAUCAAUAAAUAUAGGUACAAAUAUAUGCUUAAUAUACUUAAUUGUUGACGAUUUUUGAAUUGUUGAAUAAUAAUUCAAAAAUUGAUAAACAAUGUAACAACACUAUUCAUCAAUUAAAAUCAAAAGUAAAUUAAAGUUUACCAUGCCAUAGUAUAGCUUUUAUAAAAUUGAAAAUUUAUAGAAUACCAUGUGUGCAGAAGCACUAUAUUUGUUAAUACCAAUUUUGUAACUUUUAUUUGUUUUUUAUUAUACUUGUAUAUAAAUAAUAUCAAUGUGAUUUAUACAUGAUAUAGAAUGAUCAGGUAACCGUUGGUUUCUGAGACCAAAAUGUCUGUAUAAAACAUAUAGUCCUUGGCAUUAUCUUUGACACAACAAAGAUAACAAUAUGCUUUAAACGGGGAUUUUGGUUGGCCUCGGAUAGUCCAUUUAUUCCCCAAUGAGCAGGUAUUUCCCCUGUAUAUCUUUUGCAGUUUUGUACAAUCGCGCCGACAAUAAUUUUUAAUUAUUAUAAGGAAGAUUAACACCAUAUGCAAACAGAGCCGUGAGUUAUCGUACAAAUAGUCGUUAGUCAUUAUAACAAAAAUAUAAUGAAAUAUUUUCAGAUAGGUAAUACUUUGGACAUCUUUUACCCUAGAGAUUAUAUUUGAGAUUUGAUGGACUAAAGUAAAGGAUCAUCAAAAUAAAAAAAAACUGAUUCAUUGGUACAGCUGCAAGGCUCGAAUGUAUAAAAACAUGUAUACCAGUUUUAGAUAUAGAAUAAUCGUUUUUAAUCAAAAUAUUGUAUGUGAAACUAGAUAAAUAAUCUAAGUAUCACAUAUUAGUUAAUAGAACAUUUUUGUUAUAUUCAUGGCUGAUGGCUAAAUGUAUAUAAUUUUUGUACUAUUUUUUUUUUACAUCAUUAUUAUUUAAAUUCCUAAGGAUAGUCUCAAAUACCUUUAUUUAAUAAAGAUGGAUCUCAUUGUAAUAUGUAUGUGACACUGUUUAUGUAUACUUUCGAACCAUUUUCAGUGCCCCAAAUCUUACAUUUGCUUAAUCUUACUAAUAUGUAUUUAUAAUGGGAAAGUUUAGAUCGAUGAUUGGGUAGGGAGUAUUUCCAGAAAGGCUCUAUGGAUCUCACUGAAAUUUGAUAUAGAUUUGUACCACAGUACAAAAGAACAUAUAGGAUAAUUAUAUUGUUACUAGCUAUAGCCGUCAACUCCGUCCACUCGGUCUUAAAAAAAUAUAUCAGUAACCUAUGUGUGCUUCCAAUCUAUGUUCCACAUCUAUGCCAAAUUCCAGCAAUAUCCAUACAGCCUUUCUGGAGAUACCGCCAAACA